AUGCACGGAACGCCGGUGUGUGCCGGCGUGGUCAUCACAGGCGGAGCCGCUGGUGUUGGCUAUGCGUAUGCGGAUGAAUUCCUGGCCCGAGGGCAUCAGGUCGUCAUUUGCGACGUGAAGGACUGCUCAUCGGCGGUGUCCGCCCUGAAGGCCAAGCAUGGUGAGAAAGCCAACAUCUAUGCCACCACCUGCGACGUGUCCAGCAUCGAUAGCAUCAACGAAUUGAUCGAGUUCGUGAAGAAGAGCAUCGGUGUGGUGCACUACUGGAUCAACAACGCCGGCAUCAACGGCGGAAGGCGGCGCUUCACAGAGAUCAGCCCCGAAAUGGUGGAAACAGUCGUCAGGGUCAACCUUGGCGGAAUUGUCCUUUGCACCCAUGCGGCCAUGAGGAUGAUGGAGCAGCAGAGAGGCGUGGAGAGCCACAUCUUCAACACGGUUGGCAGCGGUGUCAAGGGUGGCGGCACGCCUGGAUAUGUCACCUAUGGCGCGACCAAGCGCGGCCUGCCCCAGAUGACGGAAUCCCUAGUCAAGGAGAUCGAGGAGGGAGUCCAAGGGUAUGACAAGGUGGAGACGCCCGGAAAGGUCAAUUGCCACUGCCUUUCGCCUGGCAUGGUCUUCACAGACCUGCUUUUGAACGACUCGACGCCUGAGUUGCGAAAAUUCCCUUUCGGGGUCCUGGCUGCGCAGCCGGAGGAGGUGGCAAAGGACUUGGUGCCCAAGAUUCUUGGAACCAGUGGCAAUGGCAAGUCUGUGGAGUUCCUCACAGUGGACAAGAUCUUGACCAAGUUCUUCGGACGCUUCAUCCUGGGAGAGAAGUCGGAGUACAUCGACGAUGAUGGAAAUGUCAUUCAGAUGCCUGGGGCGCAGUACCAGGACAACGGUGUGCGAGUUCUCUACGAUGGCAUGAAGUGA